CGCAAGGACGGUACGCGGGGCAGAGAAAACAGGACAGGGGGCAGAGCGUCGAUCAGGAGUUGGUAGUCCGGGCGAGGCCGGCAGCAGCAGCUGGCACGACAGGAGGAGGCAUGUGCGCCGAAGCUUAAAAGCGAGAGAGGAGCGAGCUGUGGUUUUUUUGGGAGGUUCGUAGAGAAAUCGGUGGAGAGAGAAACCGUGAGAGAGAGAGAGAGAGAGCGACUGAGGAGAGCGAGAGAGUUCCUCAGUCGCGCGGCGACGCCUGAGUCCCGUUCGACGACCCCUGGCCACUAUCGUCGUCCCGACCUCGCCUUCUGGGUACCCACAUCUCCAUUGAGUGUCUUUUCUGUCCGAACUUCCCUCGCCCCAGAAUAUCGACUCGGGGACAUCACAAGGCGGUCGGCCGUAACUCGAGCGUCUUGAGCUCGCCCUAUAACCGCCGUCUCUGAGCCGGGUAGGGAUCUUCGCAAUUAAACACUCUGUUCCGACGGACAUCUUUGGCCCCCAUUCGGUUCUCGUUGAAGUCGACAUCCGCAGCUGCAGAGAUCUGCCUUUCCCGACGAGAGCUCGAUCCAGAGCUAGGGUUUCAGGAGUCAAAGCAGAGUCAGCCUGAAUGGAUUCGGCGAGGCCAGCUACCAUAGCUCCGCUACCAUAGCUCUGGUGAAGUCGCGACACACACCAGCCACCGCUUUCCUCUGUCUGGUGGUUUCCAUCUUUCAGGAUGCUGGCAUCGAUAUUUAUCCUCUCGAAGACUUGAACAUGGAAGAAGAGAUGAAUUUGGGUCAGCUGGUUCGAGAAAAGUAUGGCACCGAGUUUUAUAUACUUCACCGUCAUCCUUGGUUAAUAAGCCACUCCACACCAUGCCAUGCUAUGAUGAUCCUGCCUACAGUAAUUCAUUCCAUGCUUAUAUUAGAGGCAAGAGGAUCAUAUCAGGAGCUCAGCGUAUCGAUAAUUUUGAAAUGCUCAUUGCGCGUGCGCAGAUAUGUGGAAUUGACAUGGGGGCCAAUCGAGAAUACUUUGAUGUUUUCAGCCUUGAUGAUCCAAACUCGGGACGUUGUAAUGGUGAUUUCGUGCGGGGCUGCUGCGCCGCCACAUGGGGGCUUCCGAGCGGCACUGGAGGAUGUAGUUAUGAGCUUCUUGGGUAUCGAUGAAGACACCUAUGUAAAAGCAACAAGUAUAGCCCCUUGAAAAGCAACAAGACCGCAGCAGUGAACUAUUUUUUUUUUUGGGUCGAGCAUCAUCAGUGAACUUUGCUUUCCUCCCUCUUUCGCUCUUAUAUAUAUAAAUUAUGUGCCAGACGAUGUAUAGUGAGCAUUCCCCUACCUAUUUCGAUCGCCAAUUUCAUGACUUCGUGUUA